ACUCUUGAAAGCAUGAGAGAGAGAGGUAGAGCGAGAGAGAGAGGUGGUGAUCGCCGGGGCUGGGAAAGAAGGACGGUACAGAGUAUUGAGCAUGCAAGAUCCAGCAGAAGAUGUCAGCAGAGAUGGACCGAAACAGUGGAAUAGAGGAGAACAGAUUAUGCCAAGAUCAACAACAGAAGCGGAGGAUAGGAGAAACAUACGACAGGGGCUUGUUCAAACAAGCCACACCUUAUUUCUUCACAAAUUUCCCAGAUGAAUGGUGUCAUGCAGAUAUGUGGAGAACUUUUUUGAAGUUUGGAAGAGUGUUUGACAUAUACUGUCCAAAAAGGAAAAGCAGAAACGGACGAAGGUUCGGCUUCGUAAGGUUCUUGGACGUGAAGGACAAGAGAGAGUUGGAAAGGCAACUGGACCAAAUUUGGGUAGGAGACCGAAAAUUAUGGGUGAACUACCCACGUUAUGAAAAUUCUCAGAAACAGAAACAGGGAGGGGAAUUCAGAGACAAUCAAGGAGCACACCUAAGAACACAGAAUAGAAGCUAUGCGGAAGCAGUAAAGGGUCAACAAGAAGAAAAGAAAGAAGAGAAGACAAGAACACAGCUGCAGAACAACCAUAGUUGGCCCGGGAAGAACAGAAGCAGAAAUACUCACUUGGAUGGCAUCAACGACAACAGGAAAAUUUGGAAAGAAAAAGGAGUGGGAGAAAAAUGGUCGGGAAUAGAAUACAAUACCAACUCAAAAGAUGAAAAAUGGCUCGAAGGUUGUUAUGUGGGGGUCGCACACUCCGUCAAAAUGGUACGGAACUUGCAGGAAAAAUUCUAUAUGGAAGGAUACUUUUGGUGCCGCAUCAGAGCAAUGGGAGGCAAAAUGGUGUUACUUGACAGUGAUGACAAAGAAGAGUUGAAGGACUUGGUGGAGAUGGCUUCAGAGUGGCUAGCACAAUGGUUCGAAGGUGUUAAUCUGUGGACUCCAAACAUGGUUGCUACAGAGAGAUACGCAUGGAUUAGAUGCCAGGGGGAGGCUAUAGCAGAGGAAGAACAGGCAAACGAAGAAGAUGGUGAAUCAGAAAAUGAAGAUAAUGACGUGGCAAGCGAGGGUGUGAGGAUCAACGGUAAAAUUAGAAAUAAAGAUGAACAGAAGAAGGAAAUGACAGCACAAGGGGGGAUUGAUAAUAGUGACCAAUUUCAAAUUUUGAAUGAAGAUGAGGGUAGUGUAGGGACAGAGGGGCUGAUGCAAAAGCAUGGGAAAGCUGCAGAGGUAGACGUGGCUGAAGAAGUAAAAGAAGCUCAAGUGGGCCAAUACUGGAAAGGGCAUGAGACUGACGAGGCUCGGUUGCAGAAAUGGAUGAAGGACAGAACGGAGUCAAAACCAAAGAAGAAAAAGAAGAAAAUCAGUUUGUGUAGCACGGUGUACCGAAAAUCAGCAAACGUCGGUAGAGGAAGACUGAGGAUGGGAGGCAGAGGAAAAAACAGAAAGACGCAAAUGGGGGGGAGAACAGAGCCGGAGUUUAUUGCAAGCCCAAAUGACGAAAUUGCAGAUGACUCAAUUGGGGAUAGUGGGAUUCAGAAUUGCAACAGAUUAUUGCAGAAGCAAAUGAGAAAUCAACUUGCAAAGGAGAUCUGGGAGUUGGCAAAGCAAUUAGGGGUCACGGCUGAGAAUGAGGAAGAGGUUAUGAGUCGUAUAGAAGAAAUGGAGAGCAGAGAUAGACAAUCAAAGGCAAGCAUGGUGAACCAAGAUGCGGGUGACGCAGAGAAGGGAGAUAACUAUAUAGGGGUGUAUGGAUUAUGGGGAAAGGAACAAACUCCCGUGUAUAUAGUUAAUGUUUACUCAUCUUGUAUACUGGCGGGCAAAAGGGCAUUAUGGGAGGAAUUAUUGAAAUUGAUUAAUAGCAGGAAAGGGAAUUGGUGUUUGGGGGGAGAUUUUAAUGCAAUAAGAAGUGUGGAGGAGAGAGCAGGAAGUAAUGGGGUGUCCAAAGAAAUGGAGGAAUUCAACAGUUUCAUCCAUGAUGCAGGAUUAGUGGAUUUGCCAUUGACGAGGAGGAAGUAUACCUGGUACAAUUCCAAUGGACUAUACAUGAGCAGGAUUGACAGAUUUUUAUUAUCGGAAGAAUGGCUUAUGAAAUGGGGUGAUAUAAGGCAAUGGGGGUUAAAGAGAACAGUGUCUGACCACUGCCCCAUAUUACUUAAGGAAGAGAAGGUUGAUUGGGGGCUCAAACCAUUCAAGUUCUUCGAUGCUUGGCUGGAACAACCGGGGUGUGUGGAGAUGAUCCGAAAUGUGUGGAAUACAACUGAGAUUAAGGGCUGGAAGGGAUAUAGGCUUAAAGAGAAAUUGAAGAAAACAAAGAAAGCUUUAAAGGAGUGGAGUGGUAUCUCCAGGCCACAACUGGACAAAAAAAUAAAUGAAGCUGAAAUGGAGAUAGCUGCACUGGAUAGCAAAGAUAAGGGCAAAAGGUGUGUGGGAGUGGCUAAAAUAAGGGAGCAGGUUGCUCAAUAUUUUGAGGAGAUGUUUGCAGAAGAAAAAUGGCAAAGACCAAAACUCGAUGGCAUUAAAUUCAAACAAAUCUCCCAGGCAGACAAUAACCUUCUAACGGCACCGUUCAAUGAGGAGGAAAUUAAGAGUGCAGUGUGGGAUUGUGACUCUACAAAAUCUCCAGGACUAGAUGGGUUCAAUUUUAAAUUCAUAAAGACCAUGUGGGAGGAUUUAAAAUUAGAUGUAGUUGGGUUUAUCCAGGAAUUCCAUGAGCAAGGUAGACUGGUUAAAGGAUCAAACUCCUCAUUCAUUGCGUUGAUACCAAAAGUUGAGAACCCUCAAAGAAUUGAAGAGUUCAGACCCAUCUCACUUAUCGGAGUCAUGUACAAGAUUGUAGCAAAGCUGUUAGCAAAUCGUCUUCGAAAAGUGCUGGACAGGGUGAUCGGGGAACAACAAAUGGCCUUCAUUGAAGGGAGACAACUGAUGGAUGGAGUAGUCAUAGCAAAUGAGGUUAUAGAUGAGGCGAAAAAGAAAAAGAUGGAAAGCUUUUUAUUCAAAGUUGAUUUCGAAAAAGCAUUCGACAAGGUGUGUUGGGAAUUCAUUGAUUACAUGCUGUUCAAAUUGGGAUUUAAUAUCAUUUGGAGGGGAUGGAUUCAAGAAUGCUUACGAUCAAGUAUGAUCUCAGUCCUCAUCAACGGAAGCCCGACAAGACAAUUUCCUGUUGGUAAAGGAAUAAGACAAGGUGACCCACUAUCUCCUUUCUUGUUCCUAAUUGUGGCGGAGGGUCUAAAUGGCCUAAUGUCUACUACGGUGGAGAAGGAGUUAUACAAGGGAGUGACGAUCGGCAAUGGAGCAACAAUUGGCAAUGGAGCAAUAAUGGUGUCCCACCUACAAUUUGCAGAUGAUACUAUUUUCUUCGGAGAGGCAACCGAAGACAACAUAAGGGUGGUUAAAUGCAUCAUGAGAAUCUUUGAAAUGGUGUCAAGAUUGAAAAUCAAUUUUGGGAAGAGUCAACUGUUGGGCGUGGAGGUGGAUAAUGAUUGGAAAGACAGAAUGACUUGCAUUUUAUGUUGCAAAGAGGGAAAAUUUCCAUUUAAAUACCUGGGAGUUCCGAUUGGGGGGAAUCAUAGAAGGUUAGCAAUGUGGCAGCCACUGUUACGAUCAUUUAGAAAGAAGUUAACUAGCUGGAAAGGACAACAUCUCUCUAUCAGAGGCUGGAUCAUGCUCAUUAAUUCUGUACUGUCUAGUCUGUCCGUUUUCCUGAUGUCGAUAUACAGAAUUCCCUCAGAUGGUACAUGGAAAUGGAAUCUUUCAUGGAGAAGAACCUUGUUUGAGUGGGAAAAAGAGGACACUAUGAAACUCCAAGGGAUACUAGACAACGUGAAGAUCACUCCUGGACGCCCUGACAAAUGGCAAUGGAUUCACAGCAGUGAUGGUCUCUACUCAACAAAAAUGGCUUAUUUGAAUUUGACAAAAGAACGGACGGGAUCGAAGGAAGCAAAAAUGUCAAAGAGAAUAUGGAAUCCCAUGCUUCCGAGCAAGAUAGCUGCCUCCAAUUAGAGAGUAAUACUUGACAGAAUUCCUACCAAAGUUAAUCUACAUAGAAGAGGAGUUAUCAAGGACAUGGAAGAGGCAAAAUGUGGUAUAUGCGAGGAGUAUGAGGACGCCAGCCACCUAUUUCUAAAUUGCAAAUUAAGUAAAUGGCUUUGGAAAGCUUGCAGCAGAUGGUGGGGGACCACGGUAGCAUUAAAGGAAGACUGUUGCA